AUGAAAGGUACAUACUUAAUCGCCAUUUUAGUGAUCACAUUGGGUAUUGCCCUUAAUGAGUCACUAGCUGAUAUUCCAACAAAAUGUCCCGAGAUUAAUCUACAAAAUGAGACAUUUUUUAUACCCCAUGAAAAUGACUGUACAAAAUUCUACAGUUGUCACAUGGGAGUGAAAGGAAAGCCAAUAGAUUGCCCUUUCAUGGAUGAAAAUGGUAAUAAAUUGCACUUUAAUCCCAAACUUCAAGUAUGCGAUUGGCCCUGGAGUGCAGGAUGUCAGACACCGUCAUCGAAUUCGACAACUUCAUCAAAUAUUCCGACAACAAUAACACCAAAUACUACGACUUCUUCGACGCCGACAACUCCGACAUCAACGCCUAUAACAACGACACCGAGUACUUCAACAUCGACAACUCCAAUACCGACGACUCCGAGUUCUCCAACGCCAACGACUCCGACUCCGAAUACUCCAACGCCGACGACUCCAACACCGAGUUCUUCGAUACCGACAACGCCGACGACCUCGACACCGAGUUCUUCAACGCCAACGACUCCGACACUAAGUUCUUCGACAUCGACAACUCCGACACCGAGUUCUCCAACGCCGACAACCCCAACACCGAGUUCUCCGAUGCCGACAACGCCGACGACCUCGACAUCGAGCUCUCCAAUACCGACAACAUCGACACCGAGCUCUCCAACAUCGACGACUCCGACACCAAGUUCUUCAACGCCAACGACUCCGACACCGAGUUCUGCAACACCGACGACUCCGACAUCGAGUUCUUCAACACCGACGACUCCGACACCGAGUUCUGCAACACCGACGACUUCGACAUCGAGUUCUUCAACGCCGACGACCCCGAUACCGAGUUUUCCAACACCUCCAUUGGAUUCUUGCGAAUCUGAUAACAGAACACACAUGCUUCCCCACGAAACUAUGUGCGAUCAUUACUAUUUGUGUUUCAAUAACUGGGUAAGUCCCAUCUCUCAGAAAUGCGACCGUAAUUUAUUAUUUAAUUCAUUGCUUCGUGUAUGUGAUUAUCCGGAAAAUGUAAAUUGUAAAAACUCUUCGCCAAAUACGGAUAAAUCAAGUUUAUCAUCGAUUUCGCCGCCGUUUAAUUACUCAUUGCCGACAAACUCAGAUCCAGUUGCUUGGGUUUGCGAACCAAAUGGCAAAUACAAAAUUCCUCAUGAAAUUAUAUGCGAUUACUAUUAUUGGUGUGUCAAUGGCACAAGAGGUAUGAAUUGGGUAAGAUGCGAAAGCAAUUUAUUAUUCAAUCCAGUGGUCGGUGAAUGUGAUUACUCGGAAAACGUCAACUGUGGAUACAGAAGUACUUUGUCACCUACAGUUCCUUCUUCAACUAUAAGGAUUACGUCUUUAAUAACUACGACUCUAACGAUUCCAACGACAACAACUUCAACAAUUACGACUCUAACGACUACGACAUCUACGACUCCAACGACUACGACAUCUACGACUCCAACGACUACGACAUCUACGAUUCCAACGACUACGACAUCUACGACUCCAACGAUUACAUCUACGACUCCAACGACUACGACAUCUACGACUCCAACGACUACGACAUCUACGAUUCCAACGACUACGACAUCUACGACUCCAACGAUUACAUCUACGACUCCAACGACUACGACAUCUACGACUCCAACGACUACGACAUCUACGAUUCCAACGACUACGACAUCUACGACUCCAACGACUACGACAGAAAUAACGAUUACAACCCCAACAGAAACCACAACAAAAAAUCCCAAUGAACCCCGUAAGAAAUGUCCUCCAAAAGGAUCAACGGAAAAAGCGCGGAUUGCUCAUCCAUGUCUAUGCAACCGAUAUUAUGACUGCAUAGACGGUGAAAAGAUAUUACAAACAUGUCCGAUCGGUAAGCAUUUUGAUUACAUGAGAGAGAUUUGCGAUUGGGCUUCAGUAGUAAAAUGUAUUCGACCGAUUCCAACCUUUAAAAUUUUAACCUCCGACAUUGAUGACUAUAAUACUACAUGCGCUCCAGAAGGCAGAGCAUUUCAACAUGACACCGAUUGUUCUGCCUAUUAUUUAUGCUCCAACGGUGAGAAAAUUUUAAGACAGUGUAUGGAGGGACUUCACUUCAACAUGACCAUCCAAACAUGCGACUAUCCGCAAAAGAGUUGCGAUCUGAACAGAUCCUCGCCAAGAAUCAAUUUAGAUAUUUGCCCUCCUCCAAAUUCCGUACAGGAAGUAUUUUUACCUCACGAAUGUGAAUGCACACAAUAUUAUGAAUGCAUUGAUGGAAAGAAAUUUCUUCGAUUUUGUCCGAAUCGUCUACAUUUUGAUCCUGUUUGGCAAAUUUGUAACGAUCCAAUUGAAGCCAAAUGUGUUGUUGAUAUAAUUUCGACAACGUCUACAUCAAUAUUUACAACAUCAUCAACUACGGAAGCUAUCGAUGAACCUCGCACAACGUGUCCUCCUAAAGGAUCAACUGAAAAAGUACGACUUCCUCAUCCAUGUCUAUGCAAUCAGUAUUAUGAAUGCGUGGAAGGCGAUAAGGUAUUACAAACAUGUCCAAUUAACAUGUACUUUGAUGAUGCAACAAAUGUUUGCGAUUGGAGCACCGAAGUGAAAUGUAUCUCACAAUUUUCAUCUCACGACAUCCAAAUUAACGAUUACGAUAAUAAUAAUAAUAAAUGUUCUCCAAACGGCAGAGCGUUCAAUCAUGAAGAUAGUUGCACUGAGUAUUAUUUAUGCUCUGAAGGUGAAAAAGUUUUACAAUACUGCUUAGAAGGUCUUCAUUUCAACGUUAGUAUACAGAUGUGCGAUUAUCCGCAAAAGAAAUGUAAUCUAAAUACACCUGGAUCACAACCUAUACCGACAGUCACUUUAAAUAUUUGUCCUCCCGAUUCCAUACAACAAGUACUGUUACCUCACGAGUGUGAUUGCACGCAAUAUUAUGAGUGUAUUGACGGAAAACAGAUUCUUCGAGAUUGUUCGGAUGGUCUACAUUAUGAUUAUGUUCAUCAGAUUUGCAAUGUGCCGAUUAAAGCUAAAUGCAAUGAUUUCACAACAAUGAUUCCUCAAAGCUCAUUUCCUACCAUCCCUGAUUCAAGUAAAUGUUACGACGAAAAUAAUGAAAUACCUCACGAAAAUGACUGCAGAUUAUACUACAAGUGCAACAACGGUGAGAAAAUUUUGAAAACAUGUCCUAGAAACUUAUAUUUUAAUCCAAAGCUUCGAGUAUGUGAUUAUCCAGAGAACGUCGCCUGCAACGUUGAAGAAAACAUACCCAGUACAUCAACACCAAUCAAGUGCAAAACAAUAACAGAAACCACUAAUAUUCCUCAUGAGACCAAUUGUAAUUUGUAUUAUGUCUGCGACAAUGGCGUCAGCAUACUUAAAAAAUGUUCUCCAAAUCUCGUUUUUAAUCCUAUUCUGAAAGUUUGCGAUUUCCCAGAAAAUUAUGUCUGCAAAGUAACACGUGACAAGAACAACAUUAAAAACAUUGAUAAAAUAGUUCAAAAUCUUGAUCCAUUUACUUGUAUUGGUACUUGUCCAGAAGAAGACCCUGAUUAUGCAGUGUUACUUCCAAACGACGAUUGCAAGAAAUUCUGUAUGUGUAGCGGUGGCGUAGCAUGGAUUCAAUUGUGUCCUGAGCCUCUCUAUUUUGAUUCUGUUGAAAAAAUUUGUAAGAAAAAGAAGGAUGCUGUUUGUGGGACACGUUUAUAUAAUCAAGAUAGCUCUUUCAAGAUUGAUAAAAUAGUUGAUAAUGACGAUUCGUUGCAACCUUUAGCCGAUGAAAACGAUAAUGAACGUGAAACAUAUGACAGAUCUCUCGAUUCAUCUUCUUGUAUCGGUACUUGUCUUGAAGAAAAUUCUAAGCAUGCAGUGUUACUUUCAAACGACGACUGCAAAAAAUUUUGUUUGUGUAGUAAUGGCACAACAUAUGUUCAGCCAUGUCCUGAAUUACUUUAUUUUGAUUCUAUAGAUAAGGCCUGUAAACGAAAGAAGGAUGCUGUUUGUGCGGUACGCUCAUUGAUGUUCGACAGAAUAUUUGACGAUGAUUCAGUAUCUCUGAGCGAAAAGGAUUAUAACGAACGUGACUUAUACGACAACCCUUGGUAUAAGCGACUUUUCUAUAAUGUCGAUCCGUCUACGUGCAUCGGCAUUUGUCCUGAAGAAGAUACCGACUAUGAAGAGUUACUUCCGCAUAAGGACUGCAGGAAGUUCUGUAUAUGCCGUAAGGGUUUAACAUACGUUCAACUAUGCCCUGAGUCACUUUACUUUCAUUCUGUAGAAAAGGUUUGUAGACAAAGAAGGCAUGCCGUUUGCGCAACAAAUUCAUUCAAACGAUAUCAUGCAAUUACGAAUAUUAACAGAGAGGAUGAUGAGGACGAUGACGAAGACAAUUCAAUAGAAUUCCUGAGAGAGAAUAAUAAACGUAGAAGACAUAACUACUUAUGGCCACACUUCCAUAAUUUCAAUCCGACUACUUGCAUCGCAAUGGUUUCAUGUGGAUCCAAUCAUGCCCUGAGUCUCUUUAUUUUGACUCAAUACAUAAAAGAUGUAAACAGAAGAAAGAAGCUGUUUGCGCAGUACAUACGUUUAACCAAAAAAAAGUUAUUGUGA